UCUAAAAUGAAAAAUCCAGAAAUCACAAUGUAUGAUUUUGUUAACGAUUUAUUUGUGUGAUACAGAUGCAAAUAAGUAUUUGAAUACAAGAGAAAACCAAUGUUAAUAUUUGGUACAGUCGCCUUUGUUUGCAAUUACAGAGGUCAAAUGUUUCCUGUAGUUGGUCACCAGGUUUGCACAUACUGUAGGAGGGAUUUUGGCCCACUCCUUCAAUCAGAUCUUCUAUAGAUCAGACAGGUUUCUGGUCUGUCACUGAGAAACACGGAGUUUCAGCUCCCUCCAAAGAUUUUCCAUUGGGUUUAGGUCUGGAGACUGGCUAGGCCACGCCAGAACCUUGAUAUGCUUCUUACAGAGCCACUCCUUGGUUUUCCUGGCUGUGUGCUUCAAGUCAUUGUCAUGUUGAAAGACCCAGCCACGACCCAUCUUCACUGCUCGGACUGAGGGAAAGAAGUUGCUCCCCAAAAUUCCACAAUACAUGGCUGCGGUCAUCCGCUUCUUAAUACAGUGCAGUCGUCCUGUCCCAUGUGCAGAAAAACACCCCCAAAGCAUGAUGCUACCACCCCCAUGCUUCACAGUAGGGAUGGUGUUCUUUGGAUGGAACUCAUCAUUCGUCUUCCUCCAAACAUGGUUCGUGGAUUUAUGACCAAAAAGUUCCAUUUUGGUCUCAUCUGACCACAAAACUUUCUCCCAUGACUCCUCUGUAUCAUCCGAAUGGUCAUUGGUAAACUUACUUGACAUGUGCUGGUUUAAGCAGGGGAACCUUCCGUCCAAUGCAUGAUUUCAAACCAUGACGUCUUAGUGUAUUACCAACAGUCACCUUGGAAAUGGUGGUCCUAGCUCUUUUCAGGUUAUAGGUGAUAUCUUGCAUGGGGCUCCACUCUGAUUGAGAUUGAUCGUCAUGUUUAGCUUCUUCCAUUUUCUAAUGUUUGCUCCAACAGUGGACCUUUUUUAACCAAGCUGCUUGGCAAUUUCUCCGUAGCCCUUUCCAGCCCUGUGGAGUUGUACAAUUUAGUCUUGGGUGUCUUUGGACAGCUCUUUGGUCUUGGCCAUGUUACAAGUUUGAGUCUUAAUGAUUGUAUGGGGUGGACAGGUUUCUUUAUGCAGCUAACAACUUCACACAGGUGUAUCUGAUUCAGGAUAAUACAUGGAGUGGAGAUGGACUUUUAAAGGCGGACUAACAGGUCUUUGAGGCCCAGAAUUCUAACUGAUAGACGGGUGUUCAAAUACUUAUUUGCAGCUGUAUCACAUAAAUUGUGAAAAAAUUCUACAUUGUCAUUUCUGGAUUUUUGUUUUUAGAUUAUUUCUCUCAUAGUGGACAUGCACCUAUGAUGAAAAUUUCAAACCCCUCCAUGAUUUCUAAGUGGGAGAACUUGUAAUAUAGCAGGGUGUUGAAAUACUCAUUUUCUUCAAUGUAUAUCUAGUCGAAAUUUCUUGACCGUACACACCAGUUUGAGUUUCUUCCCUAUCAGAGAGGUCACACGUCACGUUCUUAUAUCCAGCUUCCAGCGAUUAGAUCGCCAAGGUCCCUGCCCUCUGCCACACCCAGCUCACACUGCCCCCAACGUCUACGGCCCCUCCCACAGGUUGUGAGCCCAUGAGAGGGAGGACCUACGUUUUCCUUGUGGGUUGUACCUGGCUGAGCCCCAUCGGUGCAAGCCAGGCCACCAGGUGCUUGCCUCAGUGCUCCACCUCCAGGCUCCAGAGGGGGCCCCAAGUGACCUGCAUCUGAGUAAAGGAAACCUCGAUAUUUUUUUAGGGGUUUAUAGAGCCAUGGUUUAUCUGGUUCCUCACCUAGGACCUUUAUGCCGUGGGUCACCCGAAGAGUGGGAUUUGUUCCCACGCUGCUUGCACCAAAGUCAGGCAUGUGUACCACUACACAUCAGUGACUACGCUUUGUAUUGAGUUAUUUACAUUUUUAAAGGUCCACCGACAGCCAUAUAUACAUUUUAAAAUAUAUAUUGUUUUGAAAACUACAUAUAAUAGUAUUUACUUCAAUGUCAGAUGUCAAACUGGGACAGUCGCCAUUGAAAAGAUGCUGUGCCACCUCCUAUGGGAGAUGAACAAGAGAGAUUUUCAGAUUUUUCUGACGUGCCUUCCGAGACUGAAGCUCUUUUCGAAGAAGAGAACAUCUCACAAUCAAGUGAAGUGACUGGGGUAAUAUUGCCCUAUUGUUUCGAGCCAUAUUUAGAUGACAUGCGAAUGACUUCUAACUAACAACAGACUUCCCAACAGACGAGGAACCCAAUGAAAUAUUCAAAAUGACAGGCCUAUAAUUGUUCGAUUUCCCAACUCUUUUACAAGUCUUGUGUAUGUAGCGUAUUCAGCAGGACCCAUUUCGGGCGAAGUGUUUACUUCAGGGGUGCCCAGACACUGGGGGGUGGAUCUCCUUUCUCCUUGCUCCUCCCCGCACGCGACCAAACCACCUCCCCACCCGAUCCACCUCCAUGUUGGGGAUAUUGCCGCGGCCGCCAGCAAACGACAACAACGCCGUGGCCGCUGGCGAACGACGACAACGCCGGGCCACGCACAUCAACACAUUUAGCUGUAUUACGAACUUUAUGAAGUUAUUAUUACGCUGAUCUUUUGUUACGUUUUGAGAGGAGGAUUUCGUCGUCGUACACGGACCGAGCUUCUUAUUAUUACUGCUUUCAGAGAAGUUUUUCCAGUUUGGUGACUACACAGGUAUGUCUGGUUAGCUAGUUAGCUCGUAUUACACACGACUAAACUGUCUUUGUACUUCUAUUUUGUUAUUGUUUUGUGUUGUAUUGUAUUGUGUGUGAUUACAAUGCCUCAAAAGCAAUACAAGUGCUUUGUUAUAUUUUGCCAGUUUGACCGAGACGAUUUAUUCUGAAUUCACACGUAACAUAUGCUAUAAACUGUGAGACAAAUUAGUCCCCCACAACUAUUGUUUUUUUUUUUUUUUUAAAAAUAGCUUUAUACACAGCUACUUGUCAUUUAGAUUGCACCUGUGCAAUCCAAUUUUCAAGACGAACCAGGUGUUUUGGAAAAGUGUGAAGAGUGAAUCCAUCCUCCCGAGUGUUCGAGCAAAAUCCAGGAAUACAGCGAGCCGGCAUUUUGGCUAACACGCAGAAAAAAAUUGCUACUUUCUUGCCGGUAAAACACGUAUAAACACAUGAACCUGCCAGUGUGGGUGUCUGCAAAAAAUGUCACUUCCUGGUUCUUCUCCAACACAAGUGCCUCCAUAGGAUUUGGCAGGAGAUGCAAAAAUCCAUAUAUGACAACAUCCUGACAUGUGGUGAAAAAACAGAUGGGUCCAUUCUGGCUUUUUUUUUUUUUUUUUUUAAACAUACUAAAAAUGAUGUUCUGUGUCAGUGGACCUUUCAUGUUUCAAUGAGAUAGGUGGUGAUGCUUCCACCCAUCAAGUAGUAGACAGUAAUCUGUUAAUAUGAUUUUGAACAGAUUUUUAAUGGGUGGCACAGUGGCGCAGCUGGAGAGCAUUGGUCUCACAGUUUUGAGGACCAAGUUUAAAAUCCCAGCCCCACCUGUGUGGAGUUUUCUCUGUGCCUGCGUGGGUUUUGUCUGAGUUCUCUGGUUUCCUCUCACAUCCCAAAAAUAUGCAUUCAUUGGAGACUCUAAAUUGCCCCGAGGUGUGAUUGUGAGUACGACUAUUCUCUGUCUCCAUGUGCCCUGCGAUUGCCUGGCAACCAAUUCAGGGUGUACCCUGCGUCCUGCCUGAUGACAGCUGGGAUUGGUUCCAGCACUCUGGCGUGAAGAUAAAUGGCUCAGAAAAUGGAUGGAUGUUUCUUUUUUUCAUGAUUUAAUGCUAUAUAAACAAGGUCACUGAUAGUGUAGUGGUACACAUGUCUGACUGUUGAAUGCAGCGUGGGAUCGAUUCCCACUCAAUGAUGGUGUUGAUAUUUGCCCUGAGACUGACAACCAGUUAGGGGUGUAGUCCGCCUUUUACCUGAAACUAGCUGGGAUAGGCUCCGGCUCUCUCGUGACAUUUGUGAGGAUAAGCGGCUUGGAUAAUGGAUUGAUUGAUGCUAUACAAACAUACUUCCUGUGUAAAUGUACUAUUUUAAAAGCAGACUGAAAUAACACUCCAUAUCAAACAGUUUUUAUCAAGCCAAGAUUGGAUAUUGUUUUAAAAUCAAAUUAAAACACCCUAGUCUUUGUUAUAUGUUUGUGAAAGUUUGUGUUCGCAUAAAAUAUUCUCUCACAUCUUGUGCAUCUUCUGGGAGCUAGGCCCCCUUCCCCACUUUCGCUAAAAAGACGCAUCUUAAACUUUUACGCGAUUCUUUUUCCUGAUAUCUUUUUUGUUGUGUUUAAAUAAACAGCUUUGGGCACCUAGCUGAGCCAGCGUUCACUGUUACAGUUGAUUUAUUUUUUUCAUUUUUCCCAUUACAUUCCAAUUAGGUAUAACAGUACAACAAACGUUGUUUUCCUGCGGAUGCCAUGCACAUGCACAUGCCAUGCACAAGCCACGCAGUUUGUCCCUGCCCGUUUACCGUCGUUAGGCAAAACAUGGCGGCGACCGAGGUUCAAACUCGGUUUGGUCAAUCGGUGAAAGGAUUAUUAUCCGAGAAAGUGGGCUCGUGCAGCGUCGACGUGAUCGCAUUGACGCGCCAGGUGCUUAAAGUUUCCCGCAGCCAAGAGCUAUUAGGUCAAGCAGCCAGAAACAUGGUCAUUCAGGAGGACGCUAUCCUACACUCCGAGGACGUCCAAUUCAAGGGCGUCGUGGCUGGUCCCAAAACCGAGGGGGGCAAGGUAGAGGCAGAAACAACAGCUUUGGCAGCCCACCUUGGCAGCAAGAUGGGCAGCAGCAGGUUGUACCACUGUACACACAACACAGUACCACGAGGGGUGCCGGGAAGCCAGGGGUCCGGUGAUGCAGGCGCCAUGAUCCCCAUCUCUGUUGCGGGGUGAAAAGUGAACACUCUGGUUGACACAGGGGCAACACACUCCUCACUCAACAUCUUGCUCCUGGACGCUUUUUUGUCACAACACACUGUGCAAUUGAUGGGCUUCUUGGGGGCUCAACAAGCCCGACAAUGGACUCAACCGCUACCGACAGUCUUGGCUGGACAGAUCUUCCACCAUUCGUUUAUAAUGCCGGCAGCUGAUACCGUCUGCCACUCUGGACAAUGGCUUAUGACACCUGAGAGUGAACCAACUCCAACUGUGGACAUGUAUUGGGCCCGACUUGAACCAGAAACACCACUCAAACCUGGUCUCAUACACCAAUUUCUGUUGUGGAAGCCCUGGUUAAACACUCUUUGGGCUUACCUGCCUCAACUAGAUCCAUACCAUUGGAGAAUAUAUUACUACCGCAACCACAAUCUAUUAUACAUGGAAAACUUUGCAUACAUACAAGGUGAUCCUUGGGACAUUACAUCCACACAUAUAUACGCAGCAAGAGAGGGUGUAGCGGCAUCCUACUCUCUUACACCAGCUCAAAUGACAUGGUUCAAAAUGCAGGAAAAGUCAGUAACCCACAUUUCACUCGCUCUGUCUCCAGGACACGAGGCCCGGAAGCUGGGACAUAUGGUGAAACGACUGACUAAAAUGAGUGACUGGGAGGACAUACCACUCCCUAAUGUACAGAUCUCCAAAUUUGCAGAUGCAUACUGCAUCAUUGUUUCUGACGCACCUCUGACAACUAAUAUGAUCAUAUUAGAACACAGACGUGACGACUCUGACCAUGACGAUGCUGAGUCACUGUUAAACAAACUGCCUAAAUUCGUUUGGUCCUCUGGACCCUUUGAUGUUGGAUAUUGUACUAAGACACCAGACAUUAAAAUCACAGUUUUUCCAGGAUAUCAUGUUUACAGACCUCAAUAUCCUUGGCCUGCGGCUGCUAACCAGGGGAUGGAGGACACUCUCACUGGCCUGUGGAAUUCUGGAGUCCUGGAAACAUCCACCCCCUCGUGGUGUACACCACUUAGGCCAGUUUUUAAAAACAGAUGGUAACACUUAUCGUAUGUUGCAUGAUUUGAGACCCAUUAAUGAUGUAAAGAUCACACUAUUGUUACCUGUACCAGACCCCCACAGAAUGCUGUCUACCAUCACACCUGAUUUGAAAUACUUCACAGCGAUUGAUUUGGCAAAUGCAUUCUUCUGUGUCUCACUCGCACUCGAGUGUAGACACUUGUUUGCAUUCAGAUAUCAGGGACACAAUUUACAAUACACCAGGUUGCCACAAGGCUUCAAAAAUUCACCUGGAAUUUUUAAUCAAUGUUUGAAAGCAUUGCUGCAGGAUCUAGAACUCCCAGAUGGAUGUAAACUCCUGAUGUUUGUUGACGACUUCCUGUUGGCAACCCCAACAGCAGAGUCAUGUUUGUCUCUAACUAAACUUUUUUUGCUUCGUUUGCAUGAGCUGGGAUUCAAAGCUUCCAGAAAGAAGCUUCAGUGUUGUCGCAACUCGGUGACCUUCUUGGGCAGAGUGGUGUCCUCUGAAGGAUCCUCUAAGUCCUCGGAGCAUCGUUCUUCUAUUCUACAGAUUCUCUUCAUCCUCGUGCUGAUCUCACUGUCCAACUUCUGACGAACGGCAGGGUCUUGUUCACUGAUGGGUUGCUGUUACCGUAAGCCGAAUGGCUCUUUGGCUGCGGCGGCUGCCGUAGUGGAGCAGCAGCCCUCAGGUGAAUUUUUAACUGUUUCCUCCUCUGUACUAACAUCUGCUCCCUCAGCACAGGCAGCGGUAGUGCUAUUCUGACUCAGUUUACGCUGUCUCAGUGGCUGUGUUGGACCUCUCUGCCUCACACUGGAACUGGCAGUCGGACAAUCUGUCACUGUCUAUUCUGACUCAUCUUACGCUGUCUCGGCUGCUGUGUUGGACCUGUCUGCUUGGAAACGGAAUCACUUUAAAACAGUCAAAGGUACCCCUAUUGAGCAUUGGACCCUGCAAAGCCCUGGCUAAACUUUCGGCGGUGCCUAUUGUCAAGGUCCCUGGCCACUCCAAAUCCACUUCAACCACAGCCCUCGGCAAGAAUGCUGCCGACAUGGCGGCGGGCUAUGUCCCACAGAUGCUUGUACAAUUAUCUGACAAAUCCUUUCCUGAUCUGCCCGAACCUCUGUCUCAUCAUGAAUUGGUUAAAAUACAGCACAACGCCUCUCCUGAACAAAAACUAUUUUGACCGAAACUUACUCAUAUUGGCCCCACAUCCAUGCGAACCAAACUUCGCAUGUGGUGGCAUCCUAAAAUGUCUGACUUGUGUCAUCCCACUGUCGUGAAUGUAAUAUUUGCCAGCUAGACAAUGUUCGCCCCACACUUGGACUGUUGCCAGGUUAAUUUGACCCACCCACCUGGCCCGGUGCGGAACUGGUGAUGGAUUUUACAGACAUGAUCACUUCUGUUCAAAGUAAACGCUAUCUUCUUGUUUUUGUUGACAUAUUUUCAGAAUGGCGUGAAGCCUACACCUGCUCUCGCGAAGACGCCAUGUUGGUAAUGAAAACUUUGGUGAACAACUGGAUUUCAACACACGGUUUCCCCGCUCUCAUCCACCUGGACAAUAGUACACAUUUCACAUCCACACACCUAGCUACUGUAACGUCAGUCAACGUUCAGUUGAACGUAAGAAUCACAUGUUGAAGGAAAAACUGGCUAAAAUAUGUACCUCUUCUGGCAUAAACUUGGUUCAGGGUCUUCCCCUUGCUCUAACGUCUGUGAGACAAACUGUGUCUCGCUCUCCUGUUUUUUUCUCCUUACGAAGUUCUUACAGAUUGUCUGAUGCCUGGCCCUUCCUCCUCAUUCCAACCGCUUGAGGAGGGCGUUGUGUCUCCCAAGUUUUCUCAUAAACUGUUUUGGAUACAAAUGCAUUCUUUUGCUUCUAAUUUCUCCUUACAGACCCAGGACUCUCUUCCAUCACCACCUCCUGCACUUGAUCUUCCUGAGUGGUCAUCUGUCUACCUUAAAUGACUUGUAAGUGGUCAGAACCCCGUUGGUCUGGCCCACACAAGGUGACUGCUCGUACCUCCAAAGCUGUCCGCUUGGAGGGAAAAGGAACUAAGUGGUUUCAUUAUUCUAUGCUUUGUUUGCCCUGCUACAGACUCUGAAUUGCACUUUUAUUUUAUUGUUUGUUGUUGUUUUAUUGUUAACCAUGAUUCCUACAGCUGGUCCGAUUGCUUUUCGGACCAAGAGAGUGAGAGCAGGAAUCCGUGGCAUUCUUAUAAUUGGUGUUAUUGUUGUUCUUGGCAUUUUGAUCCGGAAAAUCGCCCAAAAAUACCCCAUACCCACACCCACAUCAGUGCCAGCCCUUUACCUAUGCCGAGAAGGUGGAGAGCCGUCACCCAGGUAGAAGUCCGCUUUGUCAACCAGCUGAGCGUUCGUACGAAACCCGCAGCAGACUCUACCUGUUUGUACUCUGCAUCUCUCUAUUAUACUUUUCAGUUGCGUGCGAGAGAAAGGGCGGGUGGCCUACCCGUCCCACCUGGCGCCGCAACAAUUGUAGCCAAUUUACAUUUGACAACUAAGUGUGUCCUUCAGGCUCUGAGAAACAUAACAAUCAAGAUAUCCCGCAACAAUGUUCGUCUUUGAACCAGAUAACAAGUGAGUGUGAAACGGUCGAGACGUCUUGACUAGAAAAACAAGUGAAAUAACAGUCAAGAUAUCCCACAACAAUGUUGUCUUUGAACCAGAUAAAAUAAGUGAGAUACAAUACAAUGUUGUCUUUGAACCAGAUAAAACAAGUGAGAUACAAUACAUUCGGGUAUUCAACGGUUAUGGGAAGCAUCACUAAAUAACACUCCUUUUCAUUCCACUCUUGAGGCUUCACAUAUUAGUUGAUAUACCCGUCAAACGUCAAUGGUAACACUAUUCCAUUUCCAGUGUGAUUCAUGAUGUCAUGAAAGAACAUGGACCAUAAUUCCCGCAACGUUAGGUUUCUGUGAAUAUAUUGAUGUGAUAAACAUCCUUGCCAUCUAACAUAAAUGUAUAUAUAUGAGUGGGGUGAGGCACCAACUUAACAGUAUAGUUCUCGACACCGAAGUGUCCAUUACUUUUCUCAAGCCGUACAAUCAACUCAUGCGUUGCAUAAUCACCCACUCCACUUCAGCUCGGAUAUGUCUUACGUAGAUACACGUUAGCAGAUUACAUAGUGAUAGCAAUAUUAUUAUAAUAACCAACAGAAUCAGAGGGGGCACCAAAGUCCUCCUAGCAGUGACUGACAUCCCUGAAAAGAUGUCCCACCAGUGAUGGGCUGAGGACUGUUGUACUAUUUUAGCAGCAUGUUGUACCCAUCCGCUGGCUACUAAUGUGGACACCAUGAGCUUGGAGAUGUUAGACGUAUGUGACUGUAUAAUUUUCUGAACUUCAGUGGAUUGUUCCAAUGCGCAUUUGAAACGCUCCAGUGAGAGGUUCCAGGGAUUCUUUAGUACAUCCCAUUGUACUUGUGUCAGCCGAUUAGACACAGAGUAAUUCGUCAAACGAUACGUCUGGUUUCCCCAAUGCCAUAGGUGCACAUUAUAUAAGCAACCAACGAAAGGAACCGAUGGAACUUGUGAAUUAUUUUGCAUUGUUGCCACACAUAGAGCAUGUGGUCCGAUUUGCCACAACAUCUCCCUUCGUGGCUCCCUCGCCCAAUCACAAAGUACAGCCUCUGAGUCGGUUAAACAUGGAUUGCUGUGUCCCUGUUGUAAUGUACAUGCCAUUCCUCUGUUUGUUUCGUCACACAUUUUCAUCUCAUAAGUUGUAUUAGUUCCCACAUCCAUCCACUCUCCAUCCAGAUGUAGAAACCAAAAUCCUGUGGCAGUAAUCACCGGUAAUACUUGAUACUUACAUGUCGUUUUGAGAGUAGACACAUUGUACUGAGUCCAAUACCCACCACAAUAUGUACUGUUGCAUUUUGUUCGCUCCGAGUGUAACUGUAACCAAAGUUUGCUACUAAUAUUCCAAACCCGUCUUCAUUCGUGAUAAUUUUCCGUUGUCAUUAUUCUCUGCAAUCGCUCUUUUUGAGCUUCCGCAUGUAUCAUUUGCAAUGCACAGGUUGUCCAAUUACCUCUAUGUAAUAGAUUCUUUAACACAUCAUAUGUUUCAUUCCAUAAUUUUAACUCCCAUGUAAUGCCUUUUUCCAAACAUCUGUGUUUUCCAAUUGCCCUAUCAUAGCUUUUGGAAGCCAUACCCCUACCUGAUGUAUAGCCUCUGAUGCAUGUUGCCCUAUGUUAGAUAACAUUGUUCUGGUUACUUCGUUAUCUGCAGCAUUAGCUACACCAAACAGUGUUCCCGUUCCUCCUAAGAGAGUAUCAUACCAAGCUCUACGUCUUCGUGUACAGUGUGGUAUAUCGGGGAAUUUUAUUUCCCAGUACACUCGGGUUUUAACCCUGGCUUGUGCCAUGUGUGUACAGGUAUCUAAUACUGGUGCUAUGUGUGUUCUUAUAGCAUUAGGUUUCCCAGGUAACACCCAUAUUAUAUACAAAAAUGUGUUCCAUCUCGAGAUUUCAGCGCUGUUAAAAAAAACAGAGUUUCUUUUACGGUAAUUGUCCACCUCGUCCAGUUGUGCUCAUUGCAGGUCUCGGUCG